AUGACAACGACCUCCUCCCUACUUCCUUCCGGCAUGGAGAUCCCUGUUGGCGAGGACCUUGAGAUGGCUUCGCCAUACCAAGGGCAAGCUGAUGACUUUGAUAUCGAUAUCGAUCUUAUGGAGGAUCAUGUAUCCAACAUGGACAGCGACAUGAUGGGUGCGGAUGAUUUUCAACCCACCUCUCAACCAUCUCUUUUUCCGAAUGACGCGACAGACGAUGCCGACAUGGUUGAUGAACCCUCCGAAGGAUCCAUGGUUGAUAUCGAUCCCCUGGCAGAUGAAGAUCAUGAUAUUGAAGUCCAGUAUGAGGACGACAAUAUAACCUACGAGGCAGAUAUGCUGGAAGGUGAUACCGAUGAAACCCCCAAUGUCGCUGUUCCUAGUAUCAAUAUUGAGCCUACCUCUGUUAUUGAGAACCAACUGAGCCAGCCCAGCCAGCUGGCUCCGGAAACGGCCAUUACAAACAGCCAGGAAACUCAGUAUCCACCCUCAGGCAUCCUCCCUGCGGAGCUUGAGCAGCAGCCCAUUUUCGAAGCUAGUGAAUCCUUGCAAGAAACAGCGCCAGUUGGAGAUGUGGAAAAUAUUGAAAACGAAGAAAUCCAGCCACCGGAAAUUGCCGAACCCAUCCAGAAUGAAAACGAUACCGCACUGGAAGAGGAAACCAAGCUUGGUGAGGACACUAACGAAGUCACGGAAAGCGCGAUUCCGGGUGUCCAAGAGCCACACGCUCCCGAUCAUCCGGUUGAGAGCCAGACUGAAGAUUUGGAAACCUCCAAGGCCCUUUCGCCUAAGACAGACCCUGUGAUAGCUGAGCAUGAAGAGACCCAUGUUUCAAACGAAGCAGAGCAUGAGAAUGCUCAUGAUGACGAGUCUCUGCAUACUGUCAAGGUCAUUUAUCAGGAUAAUGAGAUCUCCUUGUUCCCACCAUUAGAAGGAGACUCGGCGGAAACAUUUUUCCUCCAUGACGAAGGUGUCGCCUAUGACAACGUUGGUAGAUUGUUCAACUCUCUUCGUGAGGUGCUUUUGGAUAAUAUUGCCGAGCAUGAUACUCUCGUUAUUGAUAUCGAUAGUCUUGGUAUUCAAAUAACAGAGGACUCCUCGAAUACAUCCAAAAUCACUUUGCAUCAGAUCUUGGAUAUCUAUCUUCGCCUUUGCCAUAAUGAUGGAAUCCACGACCCAGACGCUCUGUAUCUAAACCUUUCCAGCAGAUCCGCUAUUCAUCAUGAACUAGCCAGUCUUGAUACCGCUGCCAAAGAAGGCAAAGGCCUUUCUCAGAUCCAACUGUGGGCUGAUUAUGACGAAGAACCUCUUACCACCGAUGAGACUGCCAACACUCAUGAGCAAUCAGGUGAUGAAUUGAAACAGGAUCAGCAGACUGAUCAGUCUGGCGUGCCUGAUGAGGGUGUUGCCCCUCAUGAAACAAACUUGCCCGGUCAAGACGCAAAAGAUGACUCUGGGGAAACCGAAAACUCGGAAAGCGUAGUGAAUGAAGCUCACAUUGAGUCCGGUCUCACUGAUGCUGAUGCCAACCUAAAACCUGGUUUGCAUUCUAAUGAGACUUACCAAGAAGAAUACGACGGAGAAGAUCAUUACCAAGACGAUCGAUAUGAUAAUAUGGGUCAUAGUGGAGAACAGGACUAUCCCGAGGGCCCAAAAACCGAGUCUACUGGCACAGUGGUUCCCGAUUCCGAGCUGCCUGUACCAAACGAUCAAUCCCUGGAAGCAUCCGUGGAAGUCACUCAGGAAGAUUCCGAGCAUCAUGCCACCGGCGAGGACAACCAAGGCUCUAAUGACGCAGAGCUUGAUGACGACGAGCUCCUUGGUGCUGAUGAUCUGGAAGUGGCUGACCUUAGUGCUCCCAUUCCGCAAUCUGAUGCCGAAGUUCAUGAGGGUGGUGCCCAAGGCCUUGAAUCCACCUCCCAGCAUGGUGAAGACGCCACCGAGGACCUGGAAGUUCCGGCGUAUGAUGAUCAUGACUCCGAGCGUGCCCUUGAAGAUACUGCCGACCCUGGUAUCUACCAGGAAUCAGAAUCCACAUUGGAGAUUCAAGAACAUCCCUUGCCGGAGCAAACCCCAGAGCCUGAGAAUAACCUCCUUGGAAUUGCUGAGGAUUUAAUCAGUCCUGCCAAGAAUGAUCAGCAUAAUCAAUCCAAGAACACCGAUGAUGUCGAUGACGAAUACUUUGGGGACGACUUUAUGGCUACCACGUUUGAGGACGACGGCGAUGAUCAGGAAUCCUACGAAGACGAAUACAACUAUGAUCCCGAAUUGGAUGCCGAGGAGGAAACCGAGUUGGGUGAAAUAAAUCCCUCUUCUACUGACCCUCAUGCUCCUGACAACCUCACCGUCAAGCGGUCUCGUGAGGAGGAUGAUGAGUGGGAACUCACGGAAGCCACCACCCCCGAAAUCAAGCGUCGGCGACCUUCGUAA